AUGAAGAAACUCAAACCAUCCAAGACCAGCAGCACCGUCCACCCUUCUCCACCACCUCCGCCACCCAUCGCCACCCACCUCGCUCUUCUUCCGGCAGCCAUCUUCACCCUCACUCUCACCCUCUCCCCAGAAGACAAAGAAAUCUUAGCCUACCUCCUCUCCAAAAAAACCACCACUGCACCCACUGACCACUCUCCCCUCUUCAACUGCAGCUGCUUCCGGUGCUACAUGAGCUACUGGGUCCGCUGGGAUUCCUCACCUAACCGCCACCUUAUCCACCAAAUCAUUGAUGCUUUUGAAGAUGGACUUUUUCACAACAACAAAACCAAGAAACAUAGAAAAAAAAAACCUCCUCCUCCUACUACUACUACUACUAUUACUGCUCCUGUUAAUAAUAAUAAUGAUAAUUUUAGUGGAAGUGAAGGUGUGGUUGAUGGAGGUGAGUCAACUCGGUCGGUGGAGCUGAGUCGGCUGAAGCUACACGAGUUUGAAUCGGUGAAAGGAGAAGAAGGAAUGGUGAAGAGGAUGGUGAGUUUUCUUGGUGAAAGGAUCUGGAGUGUUUGGACAUAG